GUUCUGUCGCCGUACAAUGCCUUGGCGUAGCAGCCACACAACUCUCGCAGUUGCUCUUGGCUCACCUCGGUCUCAAUGAGGAAAGCGAAUAGCGAUGUCUCUUGCUCCGCAAAGUACUUGACCUCGCUUCCGAUUGCCUCCAAAGCGGCUGUGCCCGCGCCAGACGCCUGGUCUGAGUUAGGCCAACUUCAAAAACUCAAGGAACGUUCCUCGGCUGAAUGUGUGGGUCGAACGGAAGGAACGAUCUGAAUGGAACGAAUGGCGGCAACUUCGACUUCCCCGGCACCAUGCACAUAGCUCCUGUGUGCAUAUCGAGUGUAUCUGAUAGUGAAUCUGGGUUCUCUGAAGUCGAAGCAUGCUCGUGCGUAUCUUCGUACUCGUACUCGUCCUCGUCAUGCUCAUACUCGGGCACGCUUGACUCGAGCACAUCUGUUGCAUCGAGUGCUGAUGGGGACGUAGAUAUGAUGAUGCUCCUUGAAAUCAUGUUCACAACCAACCUUAUGGUCUACAAGCUCCUUAGUGGCCGUACUUCUGAUGCGCCCAAUCAUCGCAGAUGCCGCCGUGGUUUGCAUUGCCUACUUGGCUUGGUGAAUCUGACGACGAUGCGGACAGUGACAACGUCCUGCUCUCCGCAUACAGAACAAUCCGCAAUUGAAACAUGCUGGGAGCUGGUUGGGACUUUAGCCAAUGUGUACGGCACCGGACGAUGGCGGAGGAGAACUUGCCGAUCAGCUUGGUGAAUCUGACGACGAUGCGG